AGUCCUGAAGCUGCGGCCUGCGGUCCUUCAGACACUCUGGAGCAGGAGCCUCCGCAGAUAGGGGUCAGUGUAAGGAAACCGAACCGGACGUAGUGCCGCAGAAGUGCGCCAUCCGCAGAGGAAGAAGGCGCUCUUUUCUCUUCCUCCUGGUUUUUGGUGUGGCUGUCAGGCUAACUGCUACCUGUCAAACACCGGCGACGGAGACCGACUGUGAACGUCUCUGGACACGAGGAUGGACGAUAUUUUUGCGUUUUUUCAGAGGAAAUGUGAAAAUAUCGACACGGCGACGUUUUCAUUUUUAUGCGACGGUGAGCGAACGUUUGUGUCUGUUAGCUAGCUGAGGCUAACGUUAGAAUGCUAGGCUAGUAGCAAGCCAAGCCCGCGUUCAAAUAGUAGCGUUAUUAAAGGCAAAACGAAAGGCGUUCCAGUGGGCUUAGAGUCGGCGGUGAACACACCUAUGCCCAGACUCAUCAUGGAGAGAGGGAGGAAAACACGAUUCCUGGUGGAAGGCUUUGGCACCAGCCUGAUGAACAGCGGACAGUUUUGCUUCAGCUGUGAGCAGAUAUUUGCCAAUCAGAAAUGCCUGGAGGAACAUGUGUGCUCCUCUGCAAGUUACAUCUGCUCCUGUGGCACCGAGUUCACUGAAUACAGAGACAUGCUGGAGCACAGCACGACGCAUGAACCGGGCCACCAAGUGCUCGACCACGAAACGAUAAGGAAACGCAGGGUCGAGAAGCGCAGAGAAGAGGAGGAGCAGCUGAAAAGAAUACGGAAAGGCGAAGUGGUCUGGGAGGCGCCCAAAUCGAACACUGCGCCGUCAGUUUCGUCGCCAGUGAGGCCUGUUCUGCAAGUACCCAAUAUGUCAGCUCAUAUGUCACAACGUCCCAUGCAGUCUUUGCAGAUUUCACAAGUGCCUGAGUUGUAUCCCUCUAUGUCACAAGCAUCUUUGCUCCCAAAUGCUACCCCCCUACCAACAGACAUGAAGAAUAUUUUUGCAGGUGUAGGCGCACCAACAGUAGAUCUUUGGACGAUCUAUCAGCCAGUUGUGUUGAUAGAAACGGUGCGCAUGUUUAGCAGGAAAAAGCCAUACACAUGUGGUAAAUGUGGGCAGGGCUUUAUGACAAAGACCUCGGUCAUCUCCCAUCAAAGCUCACAUGUCACCGAUAAAAUUUCUGGCUGUAUAGGAUGUGGGCUGCUGCUGUCCAGCAAGAAGUUAGUGCCUCGCUUCCAUGUUUGUAACUCGCACAACAACACGACCAAAUUGAGACUCAUCACUGCAAAACCUCUGAAUUUCAAGACACUAAAUAACGCCAGUGCAGAUAGGAGACAGAAUCUGAGUGUACAGGCGCCUCAGGUCUUUUCCUCCCUACAGAUGAAAAACCAGAUUCAAAAUCCAACCAGGACAGGCAGCCAGGCAACUCACAUUGCCUCCACCAAGCAGUUUAAAAUUCAAAAUACCAGACCAUACAAUCACAAUCCGGGGCUUCAUGCCACUUCGGCUUUUCACUUCAAGGGUUGGAAUUCCAGUUCAGCAUCCGGACAGCGUCUGAAUCCUAGAGUAUUCAGCCACAGUCGUCCUAGGCUUUCCGUCACUCCCUCUGUGCAGUUAAAAAUGCACACAAACUCUUCCAUAGGUGGAUUGAGCAAACCUACUCAGAUAUCCCCUGCAACAAAGGGGUUUCCAUGUCGAGUCUGUCGUAUUGCUUUUGAAACUCCUCAGCUGCUUCAGAGGCACAAGUGUGCCAAAGCACAGGAGUUUAUGGCGCAGCAAGUGCGAGGUGGCAAACAGCAUUACAAACUCAAGAGGAUGGUGCCGAUGAUGAGCCCAAACGCUGCUCAAAUGAACGGUCAGAGAAAACUUGCGCUUCCACCUCCUGGUAGCAUAAACAAGAACCAGGUCAUGGCUGUCAGCCUGGACAAAGGGUCAUCGGUGGUUCCAGUCAACGGGAGUACAGAUAUGGACAUUGACAAUGACUGUUACAUUGUUGAAACCGGAACAGACAAACCUGCUGAGAUGAUUUACCAAGUAACCUCAUCUGUUCCUAUCAUAACUUGACAAGGCACACCCAGUUUGCAUGUCACUUUUUGUUAAUCUUGGACCAAGCGCAUGGAGACGGCGGCCUCCUCCUGUGAAUGGCAUCUCCUUGGCUCUUCACACAGGAACACAAUGCUUCCUGGCUUUCUCCAAACUACUUUAAACGAUAGACAAGUGUAGAAUGAAUAGUGAUAACAAACAUGCAUCUUACUUAAGCUGAAUUCCUUUUUUUUGGUACAGUUAAACAGAUCAAUAUUGACUUCCCAAGAGUAUAAAGUUGUUGCUCCUGCAGCGGGUAUAGAAGGUGUAAAUGAAAGUUGAAAAAUGUUUGGUGGGAUACCCAGGUAUUGUAUAAUAGCACUUUUGUUCUGUUUUUUUUAAAUAUGUUUUUAGUAUGAUCAGAAUGUGUUGUGAAGCUGUGGGAAUUGGCCGCAAUACCUUGUGUGUUCUUACCAGCUUUGUCAGACUUUAUGAAUUCAGUAUAUUAUGUAUUAAACUAUAUUUUCAAACUCA